AUGGAAACGAAUCUUUAUUAUUGUACUCGUACUGGAUGUACGAUUUCAGAGAAAACUAUGGAAGAUGGUAAUAUAACCAAUACGAGAGACGAUAAAAUCGGUUCAGCGUCACUUACGAACUUUUACGGCGAUCGACCCGCGAAAUUGACUACAAACGGACACGAUUUUGUGGGCGAGCCGUCCAGUCCCCCAGAAUCAUUCUACGAUCCAAGACGAUUGAGCGCCGACGCUUUACAAGAAGAUAAGUUCCGAAAACGCAUUAAUCCAUUACGAAUUCAUCUUGGCAAAAGACCGUUUGUUGACAGUGCUGUUCCUUAUAAUAGUGCAGUCAAAAAGAAAAAGCAUUUUGUGAGUAAGCCAACUGAAAGUGGUGCACCGAAAAAUUUAGCUCCACGUCCACCUAAACUUUUAUCUAAACGCAUUGACCGUAACCCAUUUCACAAUGUUACAUCACAAGGAGACAGCUCAAUGGAAAAUGAACAAGACAAACCAGUGCCACGUCUUGUACCUAAGAGCCAGCUGUUGCAGUUCAAAAAGGGUAAGACUGAAAAGGGGGCCCAGUUGAAGGAAUAUGCCCAAAGCUUAGGGUUACAGCCUAUGGUGAAAUUCAAGUGUCGGAAAUGUUGCUCCAUGUCAUUCAAAACAUUAGCUAUGUUAAAAGAACAUCAGUUGAUAUGUCGUGCCCAGGCAAAAGAACCUGCAUUGAGUCCAGAAUCUGCUCCAAAUUCUGAUAAUAGUUCUGGUGGUCCAUCAAGAGUUACAAGAAAGGUUUAUUUAUGCUCAGCUUGUGGAACAUACUAUGAAAAUUGGAACCUAUUUCUUCAUAUGAGGGAAGUACACAAUAGACACAUUUGCUUGUUUUGUCUGGGGAUGUUUUCUAAAGCAGAGAAACUAUCAGCUCACUUAACAAACAAACAUAAUGUACAGGAAUUCAACUACAAUAGCAAAGAAGAGUUUUUCAAUGUUUACAAUGGGACUUUGUAUUUAAUGUGCUGUGCGUGUGAUGAAAUUUGUAGUGAGCAGGAUGACUUCUUUAAUCAUGAUUGUAAUAAUGUGAAACCUAAACCUGUGCCUGUGCUUGUUAGUAAAAAACCUAAUAAUGUAAAGUAUGUGAAAAAUGGCAAUGACACUUCUAAAAACUGUUCAGCUUUACCGAGUAAAGAGUUAUUAAGGCCUGUUAGUGAUAAGAUUGAAGCCAAUGAUGUAAAACCUGAGACAGUCGCAACCCAUAAGCCUAUGAUAGAAAAUUGUGACUGCGAACCUGUUAAUAGUGAUACGAGUAUUAGUUCUGAUAGUCUGAUUACAACUAGCAAAGUCACUACUAAUGUUAUAGACUCUGUGAUAGUACAAGAAAGUUCAAAUAUAAAACCUGGGACACCUGUACAUCAGACUGGCACAUUAGAGACUAAUAGGCCAUACUUGCCGAAUGGCGAUGAUAGUAAAGAACAUUCAGAUGAAAAUGAUUCACCACUUCCUGAUGAAAUACAUUCACCAGUGUCACAUUUCCCUGCUAAUGUAGAGGAAAGAAUAAGUCAAGCACCUGAGAGAGAAAAAGAGGGUGGCAUCAAAUUAAAAUUAAGUUUAAAUAAUGCAAAUUCUCCUGUAAUUAUUAAUUCUACUGUAGAUCCUACUGUUGGUCAACUAUAUGUUCAAAAGCCCCCAUCACGUGUCAGAAGGCCACCAAAAAGAUAUGAAAAGGAUACUCCACAUGAGCUACAGACCCCCACAAGACCACCAUCUAUCAAAAUGACAAUUUGUGAUAAAGCUGACAGUCCCUUUGUGAAAACUACCAUAAUUGAAAAUAACAAAGAAACCACACUCAUGAAUAAUAGUAUAGAGUCAGCUCCAUCACUAUCUAACGAAACUGAGCCUAAAACUGAAAGCACAAUAAAAACAACUAUUUAUGAUAAUAAAUUAGAGGAAAGUAAUACUUUGAACAGGGUACCAAAGCUGACUGUUAGGGUCCCUAAGGAGUUCUUGGAUAAAGAUUCAUCAAGUGAAUAUUCCUCUGAUAGUGAUGCUGGGGAGAAAUUAACUGUAGAUGAUGAAAAUAUGGCAGAAGACCACCAAGAAAAGGUUAAAGAACAAUCUCCAGAAAAUGCAAAGAUGGAGACAGAAUUGCCCAUAGAAGAUACUAAAGUAAAAGAAGAACCAGAACAACAAUUAGAAGAAAAAGUACAAAUCACAGAUGAAAAUAUUUAUCCAGAAAUAGAACCCAAGACUGAACCUAAAGAAGAUAUUUUAAAUGUAGAAGAGUCUUCACCUACCGACACCUCACCUGUAAUAGAGUUAACAUUAAAUAGACCAUUAGAUAAAUAUCCACUCAAAGAUCUCUUGAAGGUCUUUUUAGCUUCAACAGUUAUCAAUUGUAUUUAUUGCAACCAUGCCCGUAAGAUUGCUGUGAAUUGUGAGCAACUCGCACUACAUAUGAUAGCAGAGCAUCGGUUUUCUGCCACCGUAGAUAGCAUCACAGCUGAAGAACUUAUGCCUCAAACAAUUGCAGCUAAAGUGAAAGUAAGGGUAGAGGAAGUGUGUGAAGUUUUUAUAAACCUUGACUCCUAUGAUAGUGUUGAUAAAUGUGACAAUGUGCAGUAUAAUCAUAUAUUUGAAUGUUUUCAUUGUUUUUUUAAAACUGCUGUUCUUAAAGAUCUCUAUUUUCACAAUCGCAAAAUGCACCAGAAAACUAUACUUCUUUGCAUUAUGUGUAAAUCUAAUUUUUACACUUAUAGUGAGUUAUUAUGUCAUUUAUGUCCAGGAACAUAUGAUUCUGAGUAUGAAAAUAGGUUUAGAUGUUGCUUAUGUAAUGUAGAUACUAUAUCAUCAUCCUUUAGGUUAAUGGUACAUCUAAGGAAAAUCCACCACACUUGUGAUGUUUGUUUAGAAUUUUGCCAAAGUCAAGCUCGUUUGUCAAACCAUGUUUGGAAACAUAAACUGCACCACCUGUGCUACCGAUGUGGUAUCGCAUACAGAAAUAAACCUGAUAUCACAAAUCACCUGUUCUGGAAGCAUGGGACAGAAAGUGUGUUGUGUAAGAAGUGCCUUCAGAAAAAAUGGCCGCAUGUCUAUCAUUUUUGUACGCCCCCAGCUAUAUUUGUAUGUGAGGAAUGUAGCUUACAAUUUACAAGAGCUGUAUACCUCAAAGUACAUAAAAGAUUUCAUUCUGAAGAAUUUCCACAUGCAUGUAAUGAAGAAAACUGUACUGAAAAAUUUGUUUCUAAAAAAUUGUUAGCGAAACAUAUGGAAGAACAUAAAAAGAAAUUACUAGGUGAAAACUUAAGUGAAGAGAAAUUGACAAGUGAUAAUCCUAUAGAAGCAACCAAGGAACCUAUGCCAGUUGUUGAUUUAAUUCAUGAAAUACCUAAGGAAGAAGCAGGAAUUUCUGACAUAAAAACAGAGGCUGGACCGGAGCAGGUUUCCAAGAAAGCUAAAAAGAAAAAAUUAAAAGACAAAGAUGCAUUAUUGUUAGAUGUAAAUUUACCAGCAUUAAAUCUUUCCGAAAGUGAUAGUAGUGAUGAAUCUGAUAGUGGCAUUCCACCAUCAAUAAAAGAAGAAAGAACAACAGAUAAAUUGGGUGAAGAAUCGCAAGAGGAAAAACCUGUUAUCUCUGACAUAAAGGACACUAUAAUCCCUGAUGCUGCACCACUCUCUAAACUUGAACAAGAAUCUGAACCACCAGAAGAAGAAAAGCCUGACGAAAAACAAGUUUUAGAAAUAUGGGAUAAUUUCAAAAAAUAUCAAGCUAAAGUUGAGAAACAAAAAGAAAAGACACCUCCUUUAGUUCCUAUUAGAAAACAUGUAUGUGAGUCUGAUCACGAUUAUUGUUUGAUACCGACGGAUAUGAAUGGCGACGAAGACGUUUUUGAUUCAGACAAGAAGAAAAAUAAAAAAUCUCCUAAGAAGAAGCAUGGCGACUUAUCGUCAUCUAGUAGUAGCAGUAGUGAUAGUGACUCGAGUUGUUCGUGUGGCUCUAACUGCAGUUGCUCUUCUAGCAGCGGAUCUUCAUCAUCCAGUUCAUCAGAUUCAGAUACAUCAGACGAGUCAGGCAAUGAAAAGAAAAAGAAUAAACAAUUAAAGAAAUUACCCAACAGACGAAUCAGUAACGGCUCUAAUGUGGAUGUUAUGGGCAUGACUGAGACACCUGUUUUGAUACCUGAAAAAACCGAACCUCUUAUAGCAGAGAGUGACUUGGAAACUGAAGAGAGCGAAACAGACGAGGAAUUCUAUGAUGAGAAUCCACAACGUAUUGCAAAUAAAUUGUAUGCUGAAAAGCGUAAUCAACUUAUGCUUUUAGCUUCAGUAGCGCCAUCUGAUGGUGGCUCUAUGUCAGGAGAUGUUAGUCGUGCCACCACACCAAUUAAGGAGGAAAUCAAACCGAAAGAAGAAGUGAGUGCAGUUAAUGAACAACAUGGAAACGAUACUAAAGAGAAAACUAGUAGUAGUAAAAAGCGAAGUAAAAAGAAAAAGAGAUCAAAGAGUUCUAAGAAACAUGCGCCCAUCAAAAUUAACAUUCCCAAAGAUAUAAUCACUAAGUCAGAAGUAGAAGCUUCGCCGCCGCUACUGCCGAAUAAAAUUACAAUAUCAUUACAGUCCAACAAAGUUCAAAUUCCGGAAGUGGCGAAGACAUCGCCUGCGAUCCAUAGUAACACAGCCACACCCAAAGCGGCACCCCUUGAAAAGAAACGCGCUUCAAAGCGAAGACGUGUUCCAAAUAAAUUUUAUGGUUACUCGAGUGACGAAGAGUCGUCGCCAACAACAGCUGCUUUAAAACCUCAACUACCGCCGAAACUAGAGUGGAGAAAAGAAGAUUUACCUUCUCCUGUGACGCACAAGGCGAAGAAAGAAUUACCUUCCUCUGUUAUUCCACAAAGAACAUUCAAUUAUACAGAUACAAUUAGGUUGACUGCACCCAUCCCAGACCCAGAACCGCCGCGGAUCUUAAUGAACUCAGAGUCGAUGGAGUCAAGCGAUUCUGACACCAGUGAUGAAGGAGCUUUAGAGAUAUAUCAACCAAACAGCGUCCAGAACUCCAUACCGGUUCCGCCGCCGACUUACCUUAAUUCUGGUACAUCUAGUCUGCCAUACGCGUUCCAGAGGCCUGCUGUACGUGAGGCGCGUGAAGGGGAGAGUGUUUAUUGCUAUUGCCGAUGCCCUUAUGAUGAGGUGUCAGAAAUGAUAGCAUGCGAUGCCGAGGGAUGUCCAAUUGAAUGGUUUCACUUUGAGUGUGUCGGUAUCAUGGUUCCGCCUAAAGGCAAAUGGUACUGUCCCGAGUGUAGGAAAAAUCAAAGUAUUGCAGGUAUCAGAUAA